GGAGGAGGUUGUUUUUCAAGAAUGAGGAUAGGCCAGGUAUAAAUAGCAGCUUAAAUAUUAUACACAAACAUCCAUCUAGAAAUUGUGAUAUUUGUGGAGUGAGAGAGGAUGUAGACCAUGUUGUUUUAAAAUGCUAAUUCCACACACAAAGAGAAAAGCUGAAGAGAGACGUGAAUCUGGCAAAGACAGUCUUUACCCAGGACACUAUUUGGUGGGCCCAGGUCAGAAAAUAUCACCAGUGUUUUAAUCAUAUUUAUCCAAGACAGACAAUAAGAUGAUUUUAAUGUUGUUUUGUGUUGUUUUCCUUUUUUAUGUAUUCUGUUUCUCUGAAAUAACAUCAAUUUGAUUUCACCCCAAUCCAAUAGAUGGAGGUAAUGCACUUAGAUUGUAAACUGCAGUAAAACCUUACAGAAAAAGAAGAAGAAGAUUUCAGACUGGCCAAUCAGGUUCCCUUUAAAAAAACAAACAGCCCAACCCACUUCCCUGGAUAAGGAAGCUACCUGUGAGACGGAGUUAGCCUGCAGAUUGGGUGGUAUAGUGAUUUUUGUUUGAUCAGAGUGAAAGUAAAAACUAACUGGACGAGUUAAGAUUUCCACCGAAGAAAAUGGCUUCUAAACUUGAAGAGGAGCUUUGCUGUCCCGUGUGCUGUGACAUCUACAAGGAUCCCGUCAUUUUGACCUGCGCUCACAGCAUCUGUAAAGCCUGUCUGCAGCAGUUCUGGGAGAACAAAGGACACAGAGAAUGUCCCUACUGCAGGAGGAAGUGCUCUAAAGGCAACUAUCAACCUAACAUGGCGUUAAGGAACCUGUGUGAGGUUUUCUUACAGGAGAGAAGUCAGAGAGCUUCAGCAGGGUCUGAGGUGCUCUGCAGUCUACACAGUGAGAAACUCAAGCUCUUCUGUCUGGAGGAUAAACAGCCUGUGUGUGUGGUGUGUCAAGCUUCAAAGAAACACACCAAUCACAAGUUCCAACCUGUAGAUGAAGCAGUGUUGGACUUGAAGGAGCUGCUGAGGAUUAAACUAGAGUCCUUACAGAAGAAGCUGAAGGUCUUUGAAGAAGCAAAACUCUCCUGUGAUGAAACCGAACAUGUGAAGACUCAAGCCCAGCACACAGAGAAGCAGAUCAAGGAGGAGUUUGAGAGGCUUCACCAGUUUCUACGAGAUGAAGAGGCAGCCAGGAUAGCUGCACUGAGGGAGGAAGAGGAGCAGAAGAGUCAGAUGAUGAAGAAGAAGAUUGAGAAGAUGAGCAGAGAGAUCUCAUCUCUUUCAGACUCAAUCAGAGCCAUAGAAGAGCAGAUGGGAGCUGAUGAUGUCACAUUCCUGCAGAACUACAGGAGCACAGUGGAAAGAGCCCAGUGCACACUGCAGGAUCCAGAGAGGGUUUCAGGAGCUCUGAUCAAUGUGGAGAAACACCUGGACAACCUGAAGGUCAAGGUCUGGAAGAAAAUGAUUGCUCCUGUGACUCUGGAUCCCAACACUGCACACCCAAAACUCGUCCUGUCUGAGGAUCUGACCAGCGUGAGAUAUGUUGAAGAUAACCCACAGAGGUUUGAUAAGUAUUCCAGUGUGCUGGGCUCCGAGGGCUUUAACUCAGGGACUCACUGCUGGGAUGUGGAGGUUGGAGAGAGCACACGGUGGGUUGUGGGUGUGAUAACAGAGUCUCUGCAGAGGAGGGGAGACUACGCCUCAAUGCGUGGACGGUGGAUUGUGAGGUAUAAAGAUGGUAAAUAUUGGGCACAUGUUCCACCUCAUGCCCCCACCCGCCUCAGAGUGCAGCAGAAACCCCAGAGGAUCAGAGUGCAGCUGGACUGGGACAGAGGAAAGCUGUCAUUCUCUGACCCUGAUAAUAACACACACAUACACACUCUCACACACACUUUAACUGAGAGAGUGUUUCCAUACUUUAACACCUCCUGUAGUCUCUCUCCUCUGAGGAUCCUACCAGUGAGUCCUCAGUAA